AUGGCCGAUCAAUCGGAUGACGUCUACUCAAUGAUUCGAAGUCUAACUAAAUGCUCUCUAUAUCAGCCCAGAGAUGUACUGGUCAAACCUGCCCCCAAAGCCUGUUCAGAAGAAUGUGCUAUACACGUAGGCGGUCGCGAUCAGGCAGAGCACGAGAAGGCACAGCAUAAUCAUAAUCUUCUUCUGCACAAUGACAAAUACAACACACAUUAG